CUCUCUGCGCGUGAGGAGGAGAAGUACGAGUCUGUGGGAUCUUUGCGUAUUUUCCUUUCCUUCUUACUGCGAUGAAAUUUCAGUUUUAAUCGCUUUUGGAAAGAUCGUCCACGAUGACGGUGGAUUUUGAAGACUGCAUUAAAGACUCGCCCCGAUUUCGGGCAAAUAUUGAUGAGGUGGAGACUGAAGUGGUGGAGAUCGAAGCCAAGCUUGAUAAGCUGGUAAAGCUGUGUGGUGGUAUGAUUGAAGCGGGCAAAGCUUAUGCCACAGCUAACAAACUCUUCAUCAAUGGGAUCCGGGAUCUUUCCCAGCAGUGCAAGAAGGAUGAGAUGAUAUCGGAAUGCCUGGAAAAGUGUGGCGAGAGUUUACAGGAGAUUCUCAACUACCACAUGAUUCUGUUCGAUCAAGCACAACGAUCUGUGAAGCAGCAGUUGCACAACUUUGUGAAGGAUGAUGUACGCAAAUUUAAGGACACCAAGAAGCACUUUGACAAGGUGAGGGAGGAUCUCGAGAUCGCACAGGUGAAGAACGCCCAGGCAGCACGAAACAAACCUCACGAGGUGGAGGAGGCCACCUGCACCCUCAACUUUACCCGCAAAUGCUUUCGACAUCUCGCCCUGGACUACGUGCUGCAGAUCAACGUCCUUCAAGCUAAAAAGAAAUUUGAGAUCUUAGAUGCCAUGUUGUCCUUCAUGCAUGCGCAGUACUCCCUGUAUCAACAAGGCUAUAACCUCCUGGAUGAGAUUGAUCCCUACAUGAAGAAACUGGCUGCUGAGCUGGAUCAACUGGUGAUUGAUUCGGCGAUGGAGAAGAGAGACAUGGAGCACAAACACGCCACCAUUCAGCAGCGGACUCUUCUACAGGACUUUGCAUAUGAUGACCCCAAGUUGGAGUUCAAUGUUGACGCACCAAACGGUCUGGUGAUGGAGGGCUACCUGUUCAAAAGAGCCAGCAAUGCCUUUAAAACAUGGAACAGACGGUGGUUCUCCAUUCAAAACAGCCAGCUGGUUUAUCAGAAGAAAUUAAAGGAUUCACUGACUGUUGUUGUGGAAGACCUGAGAUUGUGUUCGGUCAAACCUUGCGAGGACAUCGAGAGAAGGUUUUGUUUUGAAGUAGUGUCGCCCACCAAGAGCUGUAUGCUACAGGCGGAGUCUGAGAAACUUCGGCAGGCCUGGAUCCAGGCGGUCCAAGCCAGCAUCGCUUCAGCCUACAGAGAGAGUCCAGACAAUUUUUAUAUUGAGCGUUUGGACCGGACCGCCUCCCCCUCCAUCAGUAGUAUAGAUUCAGCAAAUGAGCCGCGAGAGCGCAGUGGGCGGGGCGAGAGCAUUUUGCAGCGAAUCCUCUGUCUGCCUGGAAACCAGCAGUGCUGUGACUGCGGCCAGGCCGAACCCCGCUGGGCCAGCAUCAACCUGGGUGUCCUGCUCUGCAUCGAAUGCUCCGGGAUUCACAGGAGUUUGGGAGUGCAUUGUUCAAAGGUCCGUUCUCUCACCCUUGACUCAUGGGAACCAGAAUUACUCAAGCUCAUGUGUGAACUAGGAAACAGUAUCAUCAACCACAUCUAUGAAGGGAGCUGUGAAGAGCAGGGCUUGAAGAAACCAGGACCCAGCAGCUCCAGGCAAGAAAAAGAGGCCUGGAUCAAGGCGAAGUACGUGGAGAAGAAGUUCCUGAAGAAAAUGAUGACUGGUGAAGUUCUGGUCAACGGUGGGAGGAAAUCAGAGCGCCGAUGGACCUCCAGGAAAUGCAGGAGACAUAACAGCGCUACAACGGUUCCCAAAACACAGCGGAAAUACAGAGCGGAAGCGGGCAGCGCAUCUCCUGCGACCCUCUCCUCAGCAGCCGCUACUCUGGAAAGAAAGUUCAGGCGGGAAUCUCUCUUCUGCCCGGAUGAGCUCGACUCCCUCUUCUCAUAUUUUGACACGGGUUCAGGACCUCGCAGUCCUGCAGGUCUCAGCAGUGACAGUGGGUUGGGUGGCAGUACUGACGGCAGCACUGACGUGUUGGUGUUCGAGUCUGUGGUGAAGAGCGUCACAGAAGAGGAGUGUGAGGUUUCUGAAGACUCCAGUAAUGAAGCUGAACUGGAGCCAGAGGCGUUGGAUCCGGAGGAUUUGAGGGAUCUGGAUCCCGGAGCGUUGCUUUAUAAAGCCUGUCAGGCCCGGAAUCUGCCGGUCAUGGCUGAAGCGCUGGCGCACGGAGCAGACGUCAACUCUGUGAAUGAAGAGGACGAGGGGAAAAGCCCACUCAUUCAGGCAGUGAUUGGAGGUUCAUUGAUAGCCUGCGAGUUCCUGCUGCAAAAUGGUGCCGAUGUCAACCAAAGAGAUCUCAGAGGCAGAGCCCCGCUGCAUCACGCUACAUAUUUAGGUCAUACUGGUCAAGUGUGUUUAUUUCUGAAACGAGGAGCGACCCAGAACGAUGGAGAUGAGGAUGGGCAGGACCCUCUCAGCAUAGCUGUGCAAGCUGCUAAUGCAGACAUAGUUACUCUAUUGCGUCUGGCGCGGAUGAACGAGGAGAUGCGAGAGGCGGAGGGUCCGUUCGGUCAGCCAGGUGACACCACAUAUCUGGAUAUUUUCCGUGAGUUUUCCCAUAUGGCCUCGCACAAUCCUGAGAAGUUGAAACGGAGGAGUGUUCACUUCCGUCAUUCUUUCAGAGUUUGACUGAACGACUCUAAGCAAGCUGGAGCAGAAUACCCUGACUAGCUGAUCAUAAACGGGACAGAAAUGUUGUGUGAAGGAUUUUAUACAACAAAUAUGGUUGAAUGUUUGUGAUGAUUUUAAUAAUGUAUGUUUAUAGGGGUGAGCUGGACUUAUCCCCCAUAUUUUUUCUCUUGUUAUAAAUUCUCAUUUUUUCUGUUUUCAAUUGAUCUGAAAUAAGACCGUAACAAAGCACUUAUAAAACAUUAAAUGGGCUCAUGUAAAAACUGGUUACAAGGGAACUACAAAACACAUAUAAUCAAACACAGGUAAUGCAUGAAUGUUAUUACAAUUUACAUUUUACCUCAAUAGAAUUACAAACAAUCUUAUAUCCUUUUAUGUGAGAAGAUAUCCAUCUUUAACUCAUUCCCCGUCAUUGCCGAGUUAUCUUGUCAAUUAAGAUUUGCCUGAAAAACGUGUUCCUGGUGAGAUUUUUGGUAAUCUGUAAUAACCCAAUUAUCCACUAGAUGCUGCUCUUAUCCAAUUUAUAGAAAAACUGAAGUAAAAAUUAUUUAUUCAUUUUACACUCCAUGUAUGUUUUGAUAAUCGUUCUGAAUCUGAUCUCUUACAAAAUUCCCUCACAAAAAUGCAAUUAUUUCAGCUUUUUGCUAAAAAAAUUAUUUUUUAAGAAAAAAAAUAACAAUUGGAUGAAACGCCCCAAAUUUUUUUUACAAAGGGUCUGUUCUUUCAUUUGAUAUAUUUGUAUGUUUAUACAUUUUUAGAAGAAACAUUUCCUGGAAUGCAUUUUGUAAAACUUGUGAAAAUCACAAAAAAAAAAAUGCUGGCGGAGAAUGAGUUAAUUAUUUGAAUAGGAAAGGUUUCCAAAGUUGGUUUUUGGAGGAUUUUGUCAUUUUGCUGUAAUGAGGAAUGUACUAUUCUAUAAUGACUAUGCUGGUGUAGUCUAUAUUUGCCUUGUUCUCAUCAUCUGUACAAAUAUAUAUCAUUGCAAAUUCAAAUGCAGAUAUUGUACAUUGUCUUUUUUUAGAUGCAAAUUGUAAUAUAUCCUAAAAUAAUAGUAUUCUGUAACCAUGCAAAAAAAUUGUUGAACCUUUUGAUGUGUAAAAUAAAAAAUAUAUUAAAUAUUCUGUAUUUUUAUUAAGAUAAAGACGUGAAUUGUAAUUUUGCUGCAUUAUUAUUGGUUAUAUUUACAAAAUCCAUGAAGCAAUUGAAACUUUGAAUUAGGUAGUGGAAAACAUUUAUUUACGAAACAUUUUAUAAAAAAACAAAUAAGGUGCUAAAUAAAUAAA